GUUGUAAACCAAAUAACAAUACAUUGAGCGCAACACUGAAUAACAAAGCAUUAGUCAUCAGCAAUUGACAUCAUGGUUCAAUAUGCUUCUCUGUACGAUGACUAUGUUCCCUUUCAACUGGAGCGGCCAUACAAGGAGAGCAAUUGGAAUUUUCUUCGGCGCUGGGAUAAAUUGAACGGAAUGAAAUGGAUUGCUGCUUCAAAUGGUGAAAUACCUGCCGAUGCUGUCGUGGCAGGGCGGAAAGGAAAACAGAAACUGUACGUUGGCCGAGCGGAAGUGAUGGGUUCUGUUGCCCCGGGAGCAGUAAUACCGGAGAAAAAGGCCUGCUUCGUUCCUUGGGGUGGUAAAAGCUACGAACGCAAACAAUAUGAAGUACUGUGCAGCAGUGGUAGAUUCGUUCCAGUAGAAAGCUACAAUAUACUGCUGAAUGGCACACCGGCAGGCAUUAGCGAACAGGGUGAACCGCUCUAUAUAGGUCGAGCGAAGCACCGCGGAGCUUUGAUUAACGGCAAAAUACAGCGUUCGUAUGAUACGUUUUAUGUGCCGUACAAGGGCAAGGAGGUAGAAUUGAAAAUUUCAGAAAGUGAAAUCUUCAUCAAGGGGAAAGCUGAGUGUAAACGAUCUGAUUAGUUAUCAUUGUAAAGAAAUAGUAUUAUUUGCGACGUCGUGUGUAUUUACAGAUUGCAUAUUUUGUAUUAUUGUAUUUUAGGACUUUAUAUAAAUUGUAAAUUUACUGUUUUAUUUAAAAUUUUAUUAGCAAUUUUAUUUAAAAAAAGCAGAGUUGAAUAGAAAAACACCACUGCCUAGCACACUCGCUGAUGGAGGUGCAACUCGAUUGGUCCUUAGCUUUGAAAAUGUCCCAUGGCGUAGAAAAUAAUUUUUCUAACAUAAUUUGGAGUCUUGCACUACCGAAGAAAAUUUUGUAGAAAACUUUUUUAAGAGCAUAGUUUUACUGGAUGAUUGAACAAACUUGCUUACAGUUAGCAUUAGCAUUAGCAUAUGAGUUUGAACAUAUCGUAGCUAUAGAUAGCUUUAUAAUCGCAUUAUAUACCUAGCUACGUCCAAACAAGUCCAGGGACUGAGCAAAUUUGCUUACAGUUUCAUAAAAAAAACUAGCGUACUCCAAAGGUAACUGAGUCAGCUGCCGCAUACAUGCACGUACACGACCGAAUUUGUUGGGCUUAAAAUUAACAAGAGGGUUGGCCGGGUCAUUCGAGCCGAGCGCCAUGGUCAACAUCUUCUACCAACUUGGUUCGCGGCGUUCACACAGGGGUAAACAUGUCAACUGAAUUUAAAUUCAUCAACA